AUGUCGUGCCUGGCAGUUGGAACAGAGCCUCUAGUCAGCUGCAUUAUGAACCCACAAGCGCUUGUUCAGAAAUCUCAGGAGGCCAAAACUCUGGCAUUCUGUCCAUACAGCAAUUUCAGAGUGGGAGCAGCUGUUGAAACAAGCGAUGGAACCAUCUUUACAGGUUGUAACGUAGAGAAUGCAUGCUAUAGUCUUGCCAUGUGCGCUGAGAGGACUGCUAUCUGCAAAGCUGUGUCUGAGGGACACACUGCCUUCAAAGCCAUCGCAAUUGCCAGUGACCUUGAAGAUCGGUUUAUUUCUCCAUGUGGUGCUUGUAGGCAGGUCAUGAGAGAAGUUAGUCCUUUUAACGUUACAUUUGGCUUACACUGGGAUGUUUACUUGUCAAAGACUGAUGGGUCUUUCAAACGGAUGACCGUGGAUAUGUUACUUCCAUAUUCGUUUGACCCUGAUGACCUGAGGGGAAUGGGAAAUCAUUAAACCAGUGGCAAUUAGAAGCAGUAAAGAUGAGAUUAUAGGCCAUAUUACAACCUCUAUCUAUCUAUCACAAAAAAACAUCCUUCUGUUCACUGUGGCUUUAUUUUCUAGAGAAAAAUAUGAACAUGUUGACUCAUAAAUUAUAAUA